CACACACCAGUCAUCGGACCUGUCAAUCACAGCGGCGGCGCCCUUUGAUGUCGGGGCUGGCGGCGUUGUUGUGUGUUGCGCCUUUCUGAAGACGUCAUCUUCAUCUUCAUCUUCACCAUCUUCAUCCACUUUUGUCGUCUUCCGGGACGAGAGCGGACAUUAGCGGACAUCAUUUGUUGCCGCGUACUUUCUUCAGUUUCGAUGCUCUGCUUUGUGUCGGCGGAAAGUUGAAGGUAAAAAGUUUGCGAGCGAGUGAGUGAGUGAGUGAGUGAGUGAGCGAGUGAGUGGCCAUGCCGCAACAUGGAGGAGACGACCUGGGCGCCACGGACGAGAUGAUAGCCUUUAAAGACGAAGGUGACCAGGAGGAGAAGAUCCAGCAAAGUUCCUUCACCGAAAGAGACUUGGCCGACCUCAAGUCUUCUCUGGUCAACGAGUCGGAAACUCACCAGAACCAGAACCGUGGUGGCGCUGCUGCUAGCUCCUCGGCUGUACGGCAAAGACAACAAGCUGAGCACAGAAACUUCCCCAACAAACAUCUCGACCACGUAUCAAAGCAGCAAGAUGGCGCCGUGUACAAGACGUCGGGUUAUCCCGGUUACCCCUUCCUGAUGCUGCCCGACGCCUACCUACCCAACGGCUCAAUUUCGCCAUCGUCCAACAAAGUGUCGGUGGUGCAGCCCUCGCACGGGAUGCACGCACUCACGUCGCUGCUGCCGUACAGCAACGAGCACUUCAGCCCGAGCCCAUCACACCUGCCUACUGACAUGAGCCAGAAGACAGGCGUUCUCAGGCACCAAUCCCAGGACCUAUCGAGCUACUACCCUCUCCCCGCAGGCGGCGUGGGCCAGAUCGCUCCCUCCAUGGGCUGGCAGAAGCAGGCGGUCUACCCCACACUAUCCUCCUGUGGCUUUCACCAGUCCUUCCAUUCCAACCUUCCCACUGCCUCCUCCUACUCCAGGUUCUCUCAUUCUCUCAUGCUGGGCCCAUCUGGCAUGCACCCCACUGGCAUCCCUCACCCCGCCAUAGUGCCCCCUUCUGGCAAGCAAGAGCAUGAGCAGUACGACAGAGGCAUGUACACGAAGCCCCAGGUGGACGCCAAGCGGGAGAAGGAGCCCAAGAAGGCGGUGAUCAAGAAGCCGCUGAACGCCUUCAUGCUCUACAUGAAGGAAAUGAGGGCAAAGGUCAUCGCCGAGUGCACGCUCAAGGAAAGCGCCGCCAUCAACCAGAUUCUUGGACGCAGGUGGCAUGCGUUGAGCCGUGAGGAGCAGGCUAAAUACUACGAGUUGGCGCGUAAGGAGAGACAACUUCACAUGCAACUUUAUCCCACCUGGUCUGCACGAGACAACUAUGAGGCGGGCCUUAGCGGGGUCCAGAGUAAAGCUGAUUGGGGCAAGAAGAAAAGGAGGAAAAGGGACAAGCAGCAGGACUCCAACUCAGGAGGAAGAAGAAGUGCAUUCGCUUCCAUCAAGGAGGACGCUGCUCCAGUCCAACUUGUUCACAUUUAACUCCGCCCCCUUACCACCAGCGGCCCCUCUCGCCCACCCCCCCGUGCAAGGUCGCCCCGAAACGCACUCGCCCGCCACAGUCAAAGUUCAGCGACCUCUGACCUUCGCGCGGCGGAGACGCCGUUUCCCUGGCAACGUGAGGGAACUUGUCAAGAUAUUUAAGAUGUAAAUAUCACAAACAUUUUGUCAUAUUAGCAACAUCUGCGUGCCAUUACGUUUCAGGGCUUCUAAUGAGCUCAAAUGUUACAAAUCAGGUGUUGUAGUGCCUCCUAGUGCUUCAUUGUGCAACUACAACUUGACUGCACGUUUGCCUUUUCUGUUCCAAGUCCUUGUGUGCGUGUGGGCGUGCACGUGCAUGACAAUCGCCUUCAUAACACAAAUGUCUGGACCAACUCAUCGUAUAUUUUAUUUUUUAUUUGUGUAUUUUUGUACUGCCUGAAGGGUAGGAAAGCAUUUUGUUUUGUUUGUUACUUUUAAAAAGGUUGCAGCUCUGUAAACUUUAAUUAUGUUUUCCUGUAAAGUUUUUUUUUAUAUAUAUAUAAAUGUGCAAAUUGACCUAAUAAUGAACUUUUAUAUGUUUAUGUAAAAAAAGAAGAAGAAAAAAAAUGUACUUUUUAGUCGCUAACAUUUCUUAAAGCAAUACUUUCAAGUGUUUUGGUUUCAAUGUCAAGUUGAACAAUUCCGUGUUCAUCCAGCAGAGGGCGAUGUUGCUUGUAGUUUCAUAUAAACACCAGAGAAAUUACUUUUUUUUUUUUUUUUUUUACACUUUAAUUGUUUUGGUGUAUUGAAUUUGUUUAAAUAUUUAAAAAAGUUGUUUUUAAAGAAACAUUUCAAACUGGAAUAAAAAACAUAACACAA